GUUGUUCAGGUACGAUAUUUCUAGUUUAUUAAAAAUGGAUCUAAAAACAUUGUCAAUAAAAAAGAGAGUUGUCAAGAGUAGUCUUACUAGACUAAGAGAGAAAAUUCUGGGGAAUGUUGACGACUCAGAUAGUGUGCAACUUGAUCUUUACCGUUCGAAAUUGGGUGCAAUUGCUAAUGAAGUAAAGGAGGUCUUUGAGAGACUGUUUGAUAUUUGUAAGGAAGACGAAAUAGAACAAUAUAUUGAGGAAAGUCAAAUAGCACAAGAUUCGAUUGAUGAGUUGAUAUUAGUGAUAGAUAGAACAAAUUUAAAAUUGGAAAAUAGUAAUAGUAUAUCCAACGUUGAUAAAGCUAGUGGAAUGUCAGAUUUAAAAUUACCUAAAUUAACAUUGCCCUCAUUUAGUGGUAAUUUUGAUGAAUGGCUGCCAUUUAGUGACCUGUUCCAAGCAGCUAUUACAAACAAUGGAAAAUUGUCAGGUGCUCAAAAACUACAGUAUUUAAAGUGUUCAUUAAAAGGAGAAGCUUUAAAAAUUAUACAAUCCCUAUCCAUUUGUGAUCGAAAUUUUGAAAUUGCAUGGGAACUACUUUCCCAACGGUAUUCUUGGAAAAGAGAAUUGGUAGCUUCGUUAAUUAAAAAGAUAUUGAGUUUGCCAACAUUAAAUUAUGAAAAUGUGGCACAGAUUUUAAAUAUUGUUGACUCAACUACAGAGUGUAUUCGAUCCUUAGAAGCUCUAAAUUUUAAUAUAGAUGAGUUUUCGAGCAUAUUAUUUAUGUUCAUUAUUCAAUUUAAAUUGGAUGCAACAACCAGAGGCUGGUGGGAGCGCUCACUUAAAGGUGAUGAUAUUCCUCCAUUAAAUGACUUAUUAGAAUUUUUGAAGGGUCAUGUUAGAACUCUACAGCCAACCAAAACACAGACGAAUAAAAAAUUCAUGCCUAAGGUUACAUCUCCCUCAUCUCAAACGAAGAGACAAUGUGCAUGCUGUAAGGGAGACCACGCUUUAUACAAAUGUACUAAAUUUCAGAAGCUUAAGGUACAGGACAGAAUAGAGUUAGCAAAGAGGGAAGGUUUGUGCUUUAAUUGUUUGUCGAAAAAUCACAGGGUGAGAAAUUGCACUAUCAAUGUUUCUUGUUUAAACUGCAAGAGAAGACACAACUCACUCUUGUGUUAUGGAAAGGAAAGAAAUUCCAUCUCUAAGGUAGACUCUGAGUCAACUCCACAAACUAGCCUUUCAUCCAUGAAUUCAAGUAUAUGUCCUGAGAUGACGAAAGAGACAAUUUGUAAGUCAAUUUGUGCCUCACAUUGUGAAGGAGGGUCAAGAAAGAAUGUAAACAACCAAGUUCUAUUAUGUACUGCUCAAAUUAAGGUUUUAAAUUCUAACAACGAAUGGGUAGAAUGUUGAUGUUUAUUAGACUCAGGAAGUCAGAGAUCAUUUAUUUCUAAAGAGUGUGUGACAAAAUUAGGAUUAAAUGUAAGGGACAGUACAAUUUCGGUUUCAUGUCUAGGCGCAUUCACCACUAUGAGCAAUGGAGAGGUUGAAUUGAUAUUCACUUCACAUUUUAAAAGUGAACUGCGUGCUUCUACUUCUGCCUUUGUAAUAGAAAGAGUCACUGAAAACCUUCCAUAUGUUUCAUUACCUUCAGAGAUUUGCACUGACUUUAGUGAUCUUAUUUUGGCCGAUCCUUUCUUUUAUAUUUCAAGGAACAUAGAUAUCCUGUUUGGCGUAAAUGUAUUUCUGUCGUUAAUCAAUGGAAAUUUAAUUAAACGUAGUAUGAGCUGUCCAUUUGCAUUGAGUUCUAAAUUGGGUUGGAUUAUCUCAGGCAAAGUGACCUUUGAAUCCCAUGAGCCCAACAGA